UCAAAUUCACACUUGAGACUUCCUUUUUCUGUUUAUAGUCUCCAUUCUCUCUCUUGUGUGUGUAUAUAUAUAUAUAUAUAUGUGUGUGUGUGUUUGGGAAUAAUUUCUUGCACAAAGUACAUUUUAGUGUCUUCUCCGGAUAAAGUAAAAAUAUGAGUGCCAGGGGCAGGUUUUGGAUGAUGCUUUUGUUGGUGUUGUUUGCUCUGGAGGUGAUCGAUCAUGGAGCAUUGGCAUCUGGCCGGGGUCUGCUUCAGAACACAAAUUUAGGGGGUGGGGGUGGGAUAUGCUCGGCUGCCGUGGAGCCGCAUGGAUACAAGUGUCAGGAGUUCCAAGUGACGACGGAAGAUGGAUACAUACUGAAGAUGAUCAGAAUUCCAGAGGGGCGAACCGCCGGCGGCGGCGGCGGAAACCGGCCGCCGGUUCUGCUACAGCACGGCGUUCUUGUGGAUGGAGUGACGUGGCUGCUGAAUUCCCCGGAGCAAUCUCUGGCGACGAUUUUGGCCGACGGCGGAUUUGAUGUCUGGAUUUCCAACACCCGUGGAACCCGCUUCAGCCGCAAUCAUCUCCACCUCCAUUCUUCAUAUCCUGAAUAUUGGGAUUGGACUUGGGACGACCUGGUUAGCCAGGACUUGCCGGCGGUGGUGGGGCUGGUGUUCCAACACACCGGCGGCCAGAAGCUUCACUACGUCGGACAUUCCUUGGGGACUUUGAUCGCGCUGGCGUCGUUUUCGCAAGGAAAACUCGUGGACAAGGUCCGAUCGGCGGUUCUUCUGAGUCCGGUGGCGUAUCUCAGCCACAUGACGACGGCGCUCGGAGUAGUCGCCGCCCGAGCCUUUAUCGGUGAAAUCACGACGAUCUUCGGCCUUUCAGAAUUCAAUCCGACAGAGAAAGCAGUGGCCAAUUUUCUGAGAGCUUUAUGCGCUGGUUCUGGGAUCGACUGUUACGAUUUGAUGACAGCAUUUACAGGGAAGAAUUGCUGUCUAAAUGCAUCCACAGUACAACUUUUUCUGCAGAACGAACCACAGUCCACUGCGACUAAGAACCUCGUCCAUUUGGCUCAAACGGUUCGAGGGGGGAUUCUGUCGAAGUUCGACUACGGCAAUGCUAACGCGAACAUGGCGCAUUACGGCGAGUCGAGACCUCCCGUUUACGAUCUUUCGAAGAUUCCUCGGGACCUUCCACUCUUCUUUAGCUAUGGCGGACAAGAUGCCCUUUCGGACACCAUGGAUGUUGCGACAUUGUUGGAUAGUCUUAAGCUACACGACGUCGGGAAGCUGCACGUGCAGUAUGUCAAGGAAUACGCUCAUGCCGAUUUCAUUUUGGGGGUUACAGCUAAAGACAUUGUUUACAAUCAGAUUGUAGCCUUCUUUAGAAACCAGAACUAGUUUAAUUGUCAGCUGUAAUAAAACUCAGAGUCAAAUCUUGGAUUUCGGAACGGUUAUUUUUAAAAAGGUCAAAUCUUUCACGAU